AUGCCCGCAGGCGAGAAGUUGAAUGCCAUGGAAAUGAUUAAUGCUUAUCUUAGGAAGAUUAACAAGCCAUUUGUUAAGUCAUUUAAGAGUCCGGAUGGUGAUGUAAUAGAUUGCGUUUUCUUUCACCUUCAACCAGCUUUUGAUAUUCCUGAAUUAAGAGAAAAAAUGUCACUGAGUCUACCAGAAUUACCAAAAGGACAUGAUCAUAUUGCCGGAAAUAAUUUGGAAAUCAAGCAAUUAUGGAAUUCAAAGGGUGAGUCAUGCCCAAAUGGAACCAUUCCCAUUAGAAGAACAAGUGCUAGUGACAUUAUUUCAAUUUCUAAAUUUGGAAAGAAAUAUAGUAGAAAAGAUAUCCCGGGUAAAUCAAGCCAUGAGCAUGCAAUUGGGUAUGUGGAUGAAGGAGAAUUCUAUGGAGCAAAGGCGCUUUUAAACGUAUGGAAACCAACUGUUAUUGGAAAUGAUUUUAGCCUUUCACAAAUAUGGGUUCUUUCAAACAUUCGAGGUCGUCUUGCCAACAGUGUUGAAGCUGGUUGGCAUGUUAACCCAAGUGAAAACAUCGAUGGUCUUCCAAGACUGUUUACUUUCUGGACUCCCAAUGGGUAUCGAUCCGGUUGCUACAACAUGCUCUGUCCAGGGUUCGUCCAAACCAGUCGUACAAUUUCCCUUGGAGCUGCCAUUAGUCCAAUAUCAACAUAUAACGGUGAACAAUACGAUGCUGCCUUCAUGAUAUGGAAGGACCCGAAGAGUGAGAACUGGUGGUUGAAGGUGGGAAACGAAGUGAUUGGGUACUGGCCAGCAUCUUUAUUCACGGAUCUUCGAAAUCAUGCAACGUUAAUAGAAUAUGGUGGAGAAGUGUAUUCUGGAAGCUCGGGUAAGCACACCUCGACUCAAAUGGGUAGCGGCCAUUUCCCUGAUGAAGGUCUUGGGAAAGCAGCGUAUGCUAGGAACUUGGAAGUAGUUGAUAGAGCUAAUAACUUAAAUCCAGCUUCUAAUCUUCAACUAUAUACAGAUAAGCCUAAUUGUUAUGGUGUUACAAAAGGGUACGGUGGUGUUUGGCACAACUAUAUCUAUUUUGGAGGACCAGGAUAUAAUCCAAAGUGUCUCUAA